CCUUGCGUCGCCACCUCGACUGCUGUAUCGUCAUGGCUCCCAUCCGAUCCGUCAAGAAGCAGGCUGCCACGAAGAAGCCAACCGCCGCCGCCGCACCGCAGUCCGGCAUCUUUGGCGAUGAAUUCCGCACGACCAAGAAGGACAAACGCCAGAUCAAGCACAACAGUUUCAUGUCGAAGAUCGAGAAGAACUCCCAAAAAUCAGCCAAGCGUCGCAGGUCGUCCAAGAAACUGGCUGCCAACCUCGACUCGCUGGCCGAUGCCUUGCCCGAAGCCGAUGAAUUCAAUGACCCCGAUAGCCAAGUCAAGGUGAUCAAGCAGACGACCCUCAGGCACAAGCCAGGAGCCAUGAAGCGACGAGAGAAGUUGGAAAAGUCCGAGAGAGACCGCUUUGCAAAGAAUAUGGCCCAGAUGUCGGGCAUGGAGGCGGCCGCAACAACAAAUGCAGGUUCGGAGGGUGAUUCCGGGGCCGGCUCCAGUCGAUGGGCUGCCCUCAGGAGCUUCAUUUCUCAGACCAUGGAGCAUCAGCCGGCAUUCAAGGCGAACAAGUAGAGCGACUCGGUUCCCGAGAUAAGAUCCCCCCAAGAUCCCCCAGCCUGCCUGGUGGACGAAAAAGCCAGAUUCCCUCAUUAUGUCCAAGUCUCUGGAUAGACGCUACGGCGCAAGUGUCGAGAGACGCCUGCUUGGGAAAUUCUACUUUGGACACUCCAACGGCAUUGGUAUUGUCAAUAGUAGGCGGGAUGCCAGUAGGAGCCCCACCAGUUCGACUUCAAGUCGCGUAAGUCCGUCGGGACUCGCUAGGUGGCAGGACUUUACGGAUUAGUUACCAGUGUCCCCAGAAUGCCCUAUGUCUCCGCAGACGUUCUGCAGAACAGGCAAGGGGCGCACGGCUGGUUACUUGGACCAAUGGCAGAUUGUCACCAGUCUUUUUUUACAGCGCUUGGCAAUUUGACCCUCCCUUGAUGGCACCUCUACAAAUAGAUAUUCUUUGCCACAUCCUGUC